AUGAUAAAUGCAGGGCCAGAAAUGCUGAACGGAGUUUGGCCGAAAAUUGCAUAUAAGGGCGAAAGAGUGCCGCCGCCGGGUUCGCCGCUUCCACCUCCGACCGCCGCCACCUCCGUCACCGCUGUCGCCUCCUCUAUCGGCGUCGCCGCCAAUAACCGUUACCGCCUCCUCCAUCAUCGGCGCUGGCUCUUAUCCCGUCACCACCAAAGUCGCCACCAUCACCUGCGCCGCCACCAGAACCUCCACCAAAGCCAUAAGCAACACCUCCACCACCACCACAUCCGACCACCUCCACCUCCAAGACCGCCAAAAUCGACCAAGACCUCCGCCGCUCCCGCCUCCAAGUGUCGCACCGUUGGAGGCGGAGGUGGUGCCGGUCGAGGUCUAGGUGAAGGUGACGAUCUUGGAGGCGGAGGUGGUGGCGGUGGAGGUGCUGGUGGCGGCGCAAGUGCAGAUGGUGACCUCGAUGCUGGAGUUUUAGGUGGAGAUGGAGAUGCUUUUUGGGAUUUGAUUGAGGCAUAA